AUGAUCUGUUCAAGCCAUCCAACUGCGGCCUCCCUCGUCUCCGAUCUUCUUGACUCUGUCUUGACACCGGGCUCGGGCGAGGGAGGAGGAGAGAGUGUAGGUACAUGCAGCGCAAGUCUACCGGCACUACAAACCCCUGCUCCCACCCCUGCUGCAACUGUGGGGCACACGGUGGACAUCAUCUAAAUCGAUGGUCGAACUAUCACUGCGCCCACUCUCGACACCAGAUGGCUUAAGCGCUCGGACAGUUCACUUCUGCGCGGGAGGGGGAAACGAGAGUGAGGCAGACGUUGGUGACUCCAUCCUCGCGGAGUGUCAGCGCUUUUUUUACUGCAGUUAAGCUGACACUCGUGAGCCGAUCGCGAGGUAAUAAAGGUCAGAGAUUGGAGGGCUGUCCAAUGGCGAUUCAAAACAAAAAAUUGCAUUUAGCCCUGUCUGUACGUGUGUGUGUUGCCUCCAAGAUUUGUAUGCGUCUGCUAUGUUGUGAUUCAGAAAACCGUGGCUGACGCGGCCUGGGUUGCGCUGGCAGUUCCCUGACACCUGGUUCCCUGCCGAUAGACGAACCUGCACUCCCGCUGGGUAGCCAGGUGGUGAGCAUGACUGCCCAACCCUCCUAGUCUUUCUGACCAGGUGUAGUCCAGUUGUUGUUGGUUAAAAUCCUGGACAAGUGUUUGUUGUGAACCAAGGGGUGUUGCGGUACGCCUAGGUGCGGGUCCAGCCCUGGCAACCACCUGCGCUCUCUCCCGAUUUCGGUCGUCUUGACUGCCUUGGCAUCGGGAGGGAGUGCGAUAAAUGCUGCGCAAUUCUACCCUCACUAUAAAUUAAAUCACGCUCAAGUCACCAUGCCUGCCUUCACCUUGCCCUAGAGCACAUGGUGGACAUCGUCGGCAGGACGGUCGAACUGUCGUCACCACUGUAGCGAACCAGGUGGCAAACGCACGGGACCAACACCGGGGCUAGAUCGGAGUGCCGUAGGCGUGCUGAACCUGCUUCACUUUGCUGUGAAGCCCACUGUGGACAGCGUCCGUUGUGACGAUCGAGCUACCGUCUGCCGAGGGCUGGGCCAAUCACCGCCUCGUCAUCUCCAAGAUGAGGCUCUGAUAGCAACACCGUAAGAGGCCAGACGUCAAACGUCCACCAGGUGAGGUAAAUACUGUUCUUCUGCCUGACGGAUGGUACCACCGAUACCGAGGAGCUUGUCCAAAAGUUCAACAGUGCGCACCCCUCGCUAAAGUUCACUGCAGAGACCGAGGCAGAUAACGAACUUGCCUUUCUCGAUGUCCUUCUGCACAGGCAAGAGGAUGGGUCUAUCCAGCGCAGAGUGUUCCGAAAGAAAACCUGGACAGGACAAUAUGUUAAUUUCCACAGUUUUGUCCCCCUUCACAUCAAACGGAAUUUAGUCCAGGGAUUGGCGACUAGAGUGAGACGCAUCUGCUCACCUGAAGCUAUUGAAGAAGAACUUCAACAGCUGCGGAACACACUUCGGGAGAACGGAUACCCAGAUAGAUUCAUCCUCCGAAAUAUUGGGGAACGCGUUGAAAAGCCCACUGUUGAGACUGCGGAAAAGAAAGAUGAAUUCAUAAGAUUGCCUUUUAGAGGAGACGCAGAGAGCGAACUAGUCCGACGGCGCUUAACUACAGCUAUCACGAGGGCAUUUCCUGCGGCGAAUUUACGCGUAUGCUUCACAAACUCUCCCCUCCUACGUUUGGGAGGUAAAGACAGACUACCGUUGGAGGCCACAUCAAUGUGCAUUUAUUCAUUCACUUGCUCCUGUGGAGCAGGAUACAUCGGCCGCACAACGAGACGCCUGGUAAAGAGAGUACGUGAACAUAUGCCCGUCUGGCUAGACAGAGGUGAGACCCGGUCGAUUUCGAGUUCUAUUCUCGCGCAUUUAAUCGAUACGAACCACCGAGUCGAUGCCAAGAAAGCAUUUCAGGUUGUCUACCGGACACCAACAUGCUUCUCUAAAGGCCUACGCCAACGGAUACUAGCAACGGCAGAGGCAGUAGCUAUACGGUUAGUGAAUCCGGUGUUAUGCUGUCAGAAAACUCUGACACAAGCGCUUUCGCUGCCGUGGCCAACGCCAACGCCAACCCCAAGUGAUGAAGCCAUGCCGCCUCAAAUCCCUAAUCACGAUGAUGGGUACUCCGUGUACUCAACCCAAGAUCAUUACUCAAAGACUCUCUUACCCCCCUCCCCUAGCCCUGACGACUAACACCCGCCGACCUUCUCAUGCGGGCGGCGUGGGGAUGAUGAGUGUUAGUGAUUUAAUAGCCCUUGAGGCAUCUAUAAACACUGUUGAUUUUGUACAUUUUCAUUCGUUUCAUGUAAUUGUAUUGGCCUGAGGAAGAAUUACCGAAAACGUGCGUUCGCCAACUUGACUUUUCAAUUUUAACAUGGGAAUAUUUGCGGAACUUAAAUACUGUUCUGUUGAAUUUGCCUGCUCCCAGCACCUGGCCCCGGAGGACAACGCCCCCGGGAGAUUCAGUGGCGUCAACUACGGACUGCUAUCCGUACGACUACUUUGGGCGUCCUCGGUCGCCAGCAUCAGGACUGGUCCGACAAAAACGACGCAGAAAGCAGCUAACUGCCCCGCCGAAAAGCCUACAUAGACCAUCAGACCAACGCAAACAAUGAGACUUUCAUCAGCUGUUGUCGCUUAGUGCAGCAACAACUGAGGGAGAUACAGAACGCCUAGAUGAUUCACAAGGUCUCAAAAAUCAAGAGAUAUGCUGACUGCUGUGAAACAAAUAAUCCUUUGCGUCAGUCAAGGCGACCUACGGUACCGCAACCAAACGAACUGCACUUAUGGAGGUAAAAUAAGAUUCUAAAAUCAGAAGAAGAAGAAGAAGAAGAAGAAGAAGAAAAAGAACAAGAAGAAGAAGACGAGGAAGAAAAAGAAGAAGAAGAAUCGAUCGCUGGAACAAGGGCUUUAUUUGCCUGACGUUUCGGAUUCUCACUUGAACCCAUCAUCAGAGACAGUGGCAGAAAGGGGUGACUCGUGCACAGGAAGUUGCAGUAUUUAUAGGAUGCAGUCGCUAUGCUACCGCAUACGUAUAGUAAUUAACCGCCCCCGCCUUCAUCAAGGAUUGUUGUCCGCUGGUACGCUAAUUGCUCGAUGGCCGGAAUGAAAGUUGUUGCUUGCUGAAAUCCCGUCAUCCGUGUUGGAUGCUGGCGUGAUGAUUGCUCGGCCAUCUGGCUCACCGGCUUGCGCGCUCUCCGAGUGGUCAAUUACUUUGGCUAGCCUAUGCCUCAGUACGGAAUAUGGAGUGGGAUGUCGGUGCAAUUGUUGAUAGACUGAGGUCCCGUAAACCAUGACUCAAGCAACCCACGGCUCACGCGAUCAUCCCCUCUCGCGAGAAUUUCGGCCUCAUCGAACGAGACCCGGCCACACAUUCAAGUUCGAUGAGGCCAACACGGGUGAUGUAAUCUCUGCAAUUAACAACUUGCAUGCCGGCCACCAAGCAGUUAGCGCACCAGCGGGCAACAAUCCUUGAUGAAGGGGGGGGCGGUUAAUUGCUAUAGGUAUGCGGUAGCAUAGCGACUGCAUCCUAUAAAUACUGCAACUUCCUGUGCACGAGUUACCCUUUUCUGCCACUGUCUCUGAUGAUGGGUUCAAGUAAGGAUCCGAAACGUCAGGCGAAUAAAGCUCUUGCUCCAGCGAUCGCUUCUUCUUCUUCUUCUUCUUCUUCUUCUGAUCAACUAGUUCCUGGAAUUCGCAGCUUCACUUGUAUCAGAUUCUGAAAUGUUAGGCUGAGCACUUCAGAAAUGUCCUCAGUCACCCAUUUACAAUCUACGAGGCCACCAUCGAUUGACUCCCUCAAGCGGAGACGAACUGCAACAAGGAUUUGUCGCCUUCCCUCCCAGAAACAAUCCGCGCGUGCACUAACUGUCCAGCGGGAAAGCGUCGGGAUCCGACGCGACUCUGGCCGAAGUCCACAAGCACGGCGGACCCUGACUGAUGGAUCGGCUUGCAGCAUUGUACUAGGAGAUGUGGCGCCAAGGACAAGUUUUUGAGUACUUCAGGGAUGUGACAGUCGUCUAUGUCUGCAAGGGUAAAGGAACCAGUAACUCUGUUCCAACCGUGGAGGAAUCUCGCUACUCAACAUCGCCGAGGAGAUCGUUACUCCCAUCCUCCGCAACAGUUUCGAUUGUCAUCUCGAGCAGGGACUUCUGACGAAAACAUAUUGCGGAUUCCAACGCCACCGCUGAACCACCGAUAUGAUCUACGCCAUCCGCAAGCUGAAAAAAAAACGCCAGAAAAUGCUGUCCCACCUCUACACUAUCUCCAUGGACUUGAGGAGAGCCCUCAACACGGUGAGUCGCAAGGGACUGUAGAAAAUCUUACAGAAAUUCGGCUCUGUCGAGCGAUUCACGCACAUUGUGCGUCAGAUCCACAAGGGGACGAUGGCGCGCGUCAGGGACAAUGGGACCGUCUCAGAAGCAUUCGGAUUGACCAGUAGAAUGAGGCAGGUCCGUGUGCUUGCCUCAACUACCUACAGCCUCAUAUUCACUGCAAUACUGAUAGAUGCCUACUCUAUUUAGCGCCUGGGAUCCGCAUUGUUUGAAGGACAGGCGGCCACCUAAACAGUCGGCACAUGUAGGACUCAACGUGUCUCUCCACGGCUACUGUUCACAACCUGUUCUUCGCGGACGAUUGUUCACUCAACACCUCGGUCCAAGAAGGCAUCAAAGGAGUCUGGACGGCUUUCCCCCGGGUGCACAAAGUUCGGGCUGUCUACCAACACAGAAAAAACGGUCGUCAUACAUUAACCGCCACUGAACGCCGUAUAUAGUGUUCCUCGCAUCCACAUAAACAACCCCGAGCUAAAGACCGUGGACAUCCUUGUCUACUUAGGCAGCACAAUCCGACGCUGCAUCAAAAUUGACGACGAAAUGGUUCACCGGAUCUCGAAAGCCAACUAAACACUCGGUCAGCUGCCGAAAAGCGUAUGAAACCGCCACGGUUUCCAUUUGAACAUCAAAUUGGAGUUCUAAGAAGUGAUCAUCCUGAAAGCUCUGUUGUAUGGUGUGGAGACCUAAACAGUUUAUGGGAAACAAACAGGGAGACUUUAUCACUGCUACCUCAGUUGUCUUCGACGGAUACUAAAGUUGAGAUAGCAGGACAGGAUCUCGGACACGGAAGUUUUUAAAUGCACUGGAAUCCUUAGUAUUCACGCCAUGGUGAGCCAAAUAGAACUACGAUCAAGCGGACAUCUCAAGAGGAUACACAAUGGGCGCCCACAAAACAGUUCUUCUAUGCAGAUGUCGCCACGAGUGCUCGCCGACGAAGUGGUCAAACCCUUUGCUACAUGGAUACCUUGGUGUGAAUUUAAACCAAGCCAAAGACCUGAGAAGACCUCGCACAAAACCUAUCGAUGUUGAAAAUUCCCGGACUACUGGAUCAGGCAUCAAUGAAGCCAACUGGAUAGCUGCCGUCAAAGCCAUCAGGGAAGCUUGUAAGCCCAGCAGUUCCCGAGAGGCCGACGCAGCGGGAGGAGAGAAAAAAAAAUCGAUCAGCAUGAGGCCGGCCAACACAACUUGCCACUUAAAAUUAAAUUUUUGAUCGAUUUAGUGCAGUUUACGCUUUGAUAAUGAAGAGCCGACCCAGCUUUUCGAAACGUCAGCAGUUAAAUAAACCUGUUCCGGGAGAGCCUAUUUUCUUCUUCUAGUUCCUGACUUGCAGCGUUAACCUCUAAACCCUCCCAGCAGACCUGCUAUACCGACGGAAAUUCCGAGCGGAUCGGCCUAGUCGGACAUCUCCGAACCCAAUGCACCAACAGACCGUCAAACCCAAGUGCCGUCUUCCGACUGCCCCUGCUCCAAACCCCACGGCCACCACUCUCCCCAUCGAUACUCAACCGGCGCCGCCGAUCACCGCCAUCCCAAUCGUCCCUGCAACAACCUUCGCGGAGAUGACCAGCACCACAGCUCCCACUCUCGCCACUGAUUAAAGCGCUCAUGACGGCCUGCCAAACACCGCCGCCGCCGCCGCCGCCGCCGCCGCCGCCGCCGCCGCCGCCGCCGCCGCCGCCGCCGCCGCCGCCGCCACCACCACCACCACCACCACCACCACCACCACCACCACCACCACCACCACCACCACCACCACCACCACCACUCGCAUCACCUCCUGCUAUGCGGACGCAGUCCUAG